AUGUCUCAUAACGGCACCUUCUUCAUUGACAGCCCAAGCGCUGGACUCAGAGUCGCUCAGGUGCUCGGUCUCACUUCGACCGCAUUUCUGACUGGCAAGACGUUCGCAGCCAGCUUCUCCACCACUCCAGCUCUCCUCGAAGCUCCAGCUCCACUCCUUGUCAAACAAUGGAAGAAGCAGUUCGAUACCGACAAGUUCGUGGCUCCGGCUAUUGCGCUUCUCAGCUCUAGUGUCUUCAGCUACUUUGCUUAUCGCGAUGACGCCUGKACUAAACCCUCGAUUCUGUACACGACAUCCGCAAGCCUGCUUCUCACGCUUCUACCUUACGCGUACUUCCUCGACGAGCCCAUCAGCCGGAAGCUCGAAGCAAAGGUUCAGUCUUUGGCAAUCACCGCGUCGGAGGAUGGAGUGCCAAAGGAGGAGACUGCGCAUGCUCUUGUCGACAAGUGGGCUACUAUCAACCUGGGCAAAGUCGUGAUUGCGGCUGUCAGUUCCCUGCUUGCGACUUGGGCGGCUGUGGAGAGGACGGAGGUCGUGCCCGCUACCUUUUCGUUCUCGGCUGGUGCGAACCGGAUGUGA